CACCGUUGGAUUAAGAAAGCUCACUCAAUCUUAACCCUUCAUUUUAUUAAAUAAAUCCUACGACCAGAAAAUAAAAUAAAUAAUUUGGUUCUGUUAUCCUUUCAUUGUCUUCUUCAUUCCUGGUAAAGGCUUUUAAUUUCAUGGAUUAUCUUAGCUUCUACUCUCAUGGUGGCUAUCGAGAAAUCACUCACACCAAAAUCUUUGAAGUUCUGAGUUUCAAAGUUUUUCGAAUUUGAAACUUUCCCGAAGCAAUUUUAAACCUUUUCUCUUCCUUUCGAUUUUUUCUCUUCUGGAAUUAGAAAACUUAGUUAUGGCUUAUGCUCAUGUUUUCGCUUCGUUGACUAUCUCGACGAUUUCUCUCCGACGAUUCCUCCCCCGACUUCAUCGAAACCACAGCGUAAAACCCAAUUCCCGAAUCAUAUGCAAUCUGAAACUAAACUACUCUGCUGGAAAAUUUCGCGAGAUGGGACUAUCACGUUCCGUGGAGCUAGACCAAUUCAUCACAAGCGAGGAGGAAGAAGGAGAAGCAGAGGAGAUAGGAGAAGGAUUUUUCGAAGCGAUUGAGGAACUAGAGAGGAUGACUAGAGAACCAUCAGAUAUACUCGAAGAGAUGAAUCAUCGAUUAUCUUCUAGAGAAUUGCAAUUGAUGCUUGUUUACUUCGCACAAGAAGGUAGAGAUUCAUGGUGUACUUUAGAAGUGUUUGAAUGGUUGAAAAAGGAGAAUAGAGUUGAUGAAGAGAUAAUGGAGUUAAUGGUUUCGAUUAUGUGUGGUUGGGUUAAGAAAUUGAUUGAAGAUGAAUGUAAUGCACACCAAGUGUUCGACUUAUUGAUUGAGAUGGAUUGUGUUGGUUUAAAACCUGGUUUUAGUAUGAUGGACAAAGUUAUUGCUUUGUAUUGUGAGAUGGGGAAGAAAGAAAGUGCGGUUUUGUUUGUCAAGGAGGUUUUAAGAAGGAGAGAUGGUUUUGGUUAUAGUGUUGUUGGUGGUGGUGGUUCUGAAGGUAGAAAAGGUGGACCUGUUGGGUAUCUUGCUUGGAAAUUUAUGGUUGAUGGAGAUUAUAGGAAGGCAGUUGAUAUGGUUAUGGAGUUAAGACUUUCAGGGCUGAAACCAGAAGCGUACAGCUAUCUUAUUGCGAUGACAGCUAUAGUGAAAGAGCUGAAUAGUCUUGGAAAGACAUUACGCGAGUUGAAACGCUUUGCACGGGCUGGUUUUGUUGCUGAGAUUGAUGAUCACGAUAGGGUACUCAUUGAGAAGUAUCAAUCAGAAACAUUAUCUCGUGGACUGCAGUUAGCAACUUGGGCGGUUGAGGAAGGCCAAGAAAAUGAUUCCAUUAUUGGGGUGGUCCAUGAGAGGCUACUCGCUAUGUAUAUAUGUGCGGGACGUGGACCAGAAGCAGAGAAACAGCUCUGGAAGAUGAAACUUGCAGGGAGAGAACCUGAAGCUGACCUCCACGACAUUGUUAUGGCGAUCUGCGCUUCACAGAAAGAGGUUAAUGCAGUUUCUCGGCUACUGACACGAGUUGAGUUCAUGGGAUCUCAGAGAAAGAAGAAGACUCUGUCAUGGUUGCUCAGAGGGUAUGUGAAAGGAGGGCACUUCGAAGAGGCUGCAGAGACAUUGGUAUCGAUGAUCGACUCUGGGUUGCAUCCGGAGUAUAUUGAUCGAGUGGCUGUGAUGCAAGGAAUGACAAGGAAGAUCCAACGGCCGAGAGAUGUUGAAGCAUAUAUGAGUCUGUGCAAGAGGCUCUUUGACGCUGGUUUGGUAGGGCCUUGUCUUGUGUAUAUGUACAUAGAUAAAUAUAAGUUGUGGAUAGUGAAGAUGAUGUGAUAAAAAAAGAGGAAAGAGUAUGAAAUAGCUGAGAAACAAGUCUAAAGACACCGUCUAAGAUGGAGGGAUCGGAAGUUUCUAUUUUUGUGUAUAUAAAUCUGUAUGUAGUAAACAAUAAUAUUUGUCUCAAAUAUGCUGAAGUUCCAACGGCCCACGUUUUUAAAUGGGCCUAUAUAUUAAAUAUUGUG